AGCCUCCGGAGGGGCCGGGCAUGGAGCAGACGCGCGGAGGCUGCAGCUGCUGAGUGCGCCCCGCUCUCGCCCGGCUGCUUCUGCCUCUCUCCCGCCGCGGACCAUGGUCUGCCCGGCUCGCCUGGCCCUCCUCCUCCUCCUCGCGGCAGGACUGAGUCUUCACUCUGCACGUUCAGAAGCUACAUCCUCUCCCAGUCUUUCUGUGAGAAAUACCAUUGCAUCAGAAUCAACUCAAACAACUGUCCAUGUCACCCUUGCUGCUAGUACAUCAGCAGGAACAGUGACCAUUUCAAGAGACAAAGUCACCUCAGGACCAGCAGAACAGGGCAAUACCACAAUCUCCUCAGACACCACAAGAGAGUUGUCAGCUACCACUACACAACUUGCCUCACAUACGGAAAGAGCAAAUGUUUCAGCCACCAGCCCGUCACCGUCCUCAAGCACUGGGUCAGAAUCAACAGCCACAGAACACGUCUCUGGGACUUCAGUUUCCAACCUGAAUACAGCUCCAGAUACAGCCACCCCACCCACAACAACUCCAGAUACAGCCACCCCUCCCACAACAGCUCCAGAUACAGCCACCCCUCCCACAACAGCUCCAGAUACAGCCACCCCUCCCACAACAGCUCCAGAUACAGCCACCCCUCCCACAACAGCUCCAGAUACAGCCACCCCUCCCACAACAGCUCCAGAUACAGCCACCCCUCCCAAAGAGACCCCAGCAACCACCUUUUCUCACCUAACUAAUACCUCGUCUUCGUCGUCAUCGGCAGGUUCCUCCAGACAGACCACCAUUACAAAGCAAAACACAACCCAGCUGCCAAACACAUCCACAGCAGCCCCCGCUACAGAGGAUGCCUCUACUAAAAAGAUGCCCCCAGAGUCCCUCUCAUCAGGCCCAGUGAUCGGACAAACAUCUCAAGUGACUUUGGCAACCAAGUCGGUCACGGAGGCCGUCUCCAUGGAUAGCACCACUCUCUCCACAGGAGUCACCAUGGAAGAGGUCCAGCGUGCUUUAAGUUCAGGAAGCAUUGCAGCUAUUACAGUAACGGUCAUUGUGGUGGUGCUGCUGGUGUUUGGGGUGGCAGCAUACCUUAAGAUCAGACAUUCUUCAUAUGGAAGGCUGUUGGAUGACCAUGACUACGGAUCCUGGGGAAACUACAACAACCCGCUCUAUGACGACUCUUAGCAAAGGAAAGUUAAUUGGGACAAGAAAUAAAUGUUCUUAUUUAUAAGUGCUUAUACAGUAGAACAACAACAAGUCGCCGGAUAUGCAUUCAGUUCCAGUUCCGUGCCAUCUUCUUCUCUUCCUGCUGCUUCUUCCUCUGUUACACAAUGGAAUCAUACUUUUAAAGACAAGCCUAAAUGCUGAAUCACAACUGCAAUGGGACUAAACUGAAGCUGACAGACUGCAAUCACGGUCUCGAAACCAAAGGCUGUCACUCCACAAGCGCAAUAAAUUUGAGUUUACGCUUUUAA